GAGAAGUAGAGCAGGAGCCUUAUAAUUUCACAAUUGACUUUUUUUUUCUUUUUUUCUUUUUCGGUUUUUGUUUGGUUGCUGUAUAACCCUAACCACUAACGCAUUUAUCAAACCCUUCUUCUCCAUCUUUUUUCUUAUAAUAGGAGAAACCCCAAUUUCUGUGUGCUCCUUGCCGCUGACAAAAACCAGGUGCUCCAAUGGCUACCAGACAAAUUUCCCACAUCUCCUUCACUCAUAACACCAAACCCGGUAGUAAUUCAACGCAUCCCCCCAUACCCAUCUCUUGAAAAUUCAACUUUGUUCUCGAUUACCCAAUUAAUGGAAUCCUUCAAAAUCAGCAUAUCCUCUGUUCUUUCGUGGAUUCGAUUACAGUAUAUACUCUGUUGGUUCUGAUCUCGUAAAGGAAUAAGAAGCGGAAAAGGAAAAAGACGAGUAUGGACGAGAGGCCUGCUUUGUUUGGUAAAUAUGAGAUGGGAAGGUUAUUGGGUAAGGGGACUUUCGCAAAAGUAUAUUACGCGAAGCAGAUAGAUUCGGGGGAGAGCGUCGCCAUUAAAGUGAUAAGCAAAGAUCAAGUGAAGAGAGAAGGUAUGAUGGAGCAGAUCAAGCGCGAAAUCGCCGUGAUGCGACUGGUUCGCCACCCAAACGUGGCGGAGCUCAAAGAGGUCAUGGCAACAAAGACGAAAAUCUUCUUCGUCAUGGAGUAUGUCCGCGGCGGCGAGCUUUUCGCGAAGGUCGCCAAGGGAAAACUUAAAGAAGAUGAGGCGAGAAAGUAUUUUCAGCAACUAAUCAGUGCUGUAGAUUUCUGCCAUAGCCGAGGAGUCUCACAUCGAGACUUGAAGCCGGAGAAUCUCUUGUUGGACGAUAACGGAGAUCUGAAAGUCUCUGAUUUCGGAUUAUCGGCGUUACCGGAACAGCUCCGCAACGACGGGCUUCUCCACACUCAGUGCGGGACGCCGGCGUACGUGGCGCCGGAGGUUUUAAGGAAGAAAGGUUACGACGGAUCCAAAGCCGACAUUUGGUCUUGUGGGGUAAUCCUUUACGUUUUGCUGGCUGGAUUCUUGCCUUUUCAAGACGAGAAUCUCAUGAAAAUGUACCGAAAAAUUUUCAAAGCUGAGUUCGAGUUUCCUCCGUGGUUCUCGACGGAUGCCAGACGAUUGUUGUCAAAACUAUUAGUUGCAGACCCAGAAAGACGAAUCACCAUUCCUGCAAUCAUGCGUGUUCCCUGGUUUCGACGAGGACUCACUACUCAUCAAGCUUUUUCGACUGAGGAACCGCCUCCGACCGCCAUUGAGGGCCAAGAAGACACCAAAUUACCAUCGCCCAAGUUCUUCAACGCUUUCGAGUUCAUCUCCUCGAUGUCAUCUGGGUUCGAUUUGUCGAGCCUGUUCGAGAACAAGAGAAAAACUGGGUCUGUUUUCACGUCGAAGUGCUCGGUCGGCGCGAUCAUGGCGAAAAUCGAAGGCGUCGCCAAGGGGAUGAAUUUUAAGGUAUCCAAGCUGAAAGAGUUCAAGUUUAAGCUUCAGGGCAGGACAGAAGGGCGCAAAGGGCCAUUGGCGGUGACUGCGGAAGUGUUCGAGGUGGCACCGGAGGUCGCUGUCGUCGAGUUCUGCAAGUCCUCCGGUGACACCUUGGAAUACGCUAAGUUCUGCGAGGAAGACGUUAGGCCAGGUUUGAAAGACAUUGUUUGGACAUGGCAAGGUGAUCAAGUAUCAACAGUAAACAACAACGCUAAACUUGAAGAAGAUCAAUAACUGCGAAUUAAAUAAAAACAAACAAUGUUUAUUUAGGGAUUUUGUGUUUUUAACAGUUUCACCCAUGUUUUUUUCUUAAAUUUUGUAAUUUCUCCUCUCUUUCUUCUUGGUUUUUAAUUAGAGGGAGUUUUGUAAAUAACGAUGUAAUUAGUACCUUAAUUAAUGUAUAAUAGUGAAUUUGGAGAGCGGAAUUCAAAUGGGUUAAAGCCUAAA